CGCAAACUAGUCGCCGUGUACUCCACACGUAUGCGACAGCUCGCCCUGGACCAUGAAGUCGGGCAAUGAAGACGUGCUCUCUCUCUCUCCUACACUCUAUAUCUCUCUGGCCCCACAUUGACCGACUUGUCUUCUCGUUUCUUUCCCUCGCCUUUCGUUCCGCUCACUUGGGCCACGGCGCCGCCUCCACAUCCGACGGCAAACCGCCUCACCCUCCACCAUGGCCCCGCUCGACGUGAUGAUGCUGUUCGACGACACGCCCGACUACCUCGCUGCGCUCGUUGUCGACGAGGCGUCCAUCAUCCGCGCCUCACACGCCCUCCUGCUCGCCGUCGUCUUCAUGACCACCAUCGCCGCAUUCGCCUUCCUCGGCCCCGUCCUCGACAUGCUCUUCGUCGGCGACAUUGAGGUCGGAAUUGACGAGUCCCCGGGCUUUGCAGCAGCGUCUGUGGAGAAGGAGAUCGCCGAUUCGACUGGCGACGCAGAACCAUGGACCGAGCCAUGACAUCCUCCCGAGCCCCCCUUCACACCGUAUCGAUCCGCAUCAUCUCGCGCAAGACGACGCGGGCUUCUGCCCCAAUGUUGUAUUAUAAUACUAUCGAUGGUAACCAGGUCCCCU